CCAAAAACGUGUGGAAAUAACCGCCGUGGAAGCUGGACAGACACCGCAAAAGAAGAAAUCCGACUCGUGCGUGCGGGAUCCGGCCAGGCCACGGCGCGCCCUCUCUGCCCCCUUCCCCCCACCCUCAACACCGGCGAAUAUCCCGAUGCUGGGCUGGGCGGCCUUCACGACGGUAAAUCUGCUCCAGGUAAACGCCAACGCUCUCGCCGGCCAAUUCUCCGGUCGCGUCGUGCUGCGCGCCUCCCAAGUUGCUCGAACUGCUCGAGCUGCUCGUGUGACCCCGCGCCUCCGCUACUCGUCAUCCUCCUCGCCCGCCAACAUGUCGCAGUCAAAGGCUGCUGCGCUCGAGUUCCUCGACUUUGUCAACGCCUCGCCGACACCCUACCAUGCCGUCGCCAGCGCAUCCCGCCUCCUCGACGCUGCCGGCUUCGCCCUCAUCCGCGAGCGCGACAACUGGGCAUCGACCGUCAAGCCCGGCGGCAAGUACUACCUGACGCGCAACGGCUCGUCCGUCGUGGCCUUUGCCGUCGGCGCGCGGUGGCAGCCGGGGAACCCCAUCGGCAUGGUCGGCGCCCACACGGACUCGCCGUGCCUGCGCGUCAAGCCCGUCAGCAAGCGCACCGCGAAGGGCUACAUCCAGGUCGGCGUCGAGACGUACGGUGGCGGCGUCUGGCACAGCUGGUUCGACCGAGACCUGAGCGUCGCCGGCCGCGUGUUGGUGCGCGAGGGCGCGGCCGAGGGCGCGGCCGAGGGGGCCGCCAAUUUCGUGCAGAAGCUCGUCAAGGUGGACAAGCCCAUCAUGCGUAUCCCGCACCUGGCCAUCCACCUGCACCGCCAGACGAACUUCGAUCCGAACAAGGAGGACGAGCUGCUGCCGAUCGCGGGGCUCGCCGAGGCCGAGCUGAACAAGAGCGCGGACGCCAGCCCCGAGGCGCAGCCGCCCCCCGCAGCAGACGGCGACGACUUCCAGCCGCUGAAGCAGCUGGCCGAGCGCCACCACCCGGCCUUCCUCUCGCUCGUCGCUGAGCAGGCCGGCGUCGACGUCUCGCAGAUUGUCGACUUCGAGCUCGUCCUCUACGACACGCACCAGUCGUGCCUCGGCGGCCUCAACGACGAGUUCAUCUUCUCGCCCCGCCUCGACAACCUCACCAUGACCUUCUGCAGCAUCCAAGGCCUGAUCUCGUCCGUCCGCACCGCGCCGCUCGACAACGACGCCAGCAUCCGGUUGGUCGCCUGCUUCGACCACGAAGAGAUCGGCUCGUGCUCGGCCCACGGCGCCGACUCGAACCUCCUGCCGGCCAUCCUGCGCCGCCUAUCCGUCAUACCCGGGUCCUCUUCUUCUUCUUCCUCCUCCUCCUCCCCACCAGCCGCCGACACGGCCUUCGAGCAGACGCUGUCGACCUCGUUCCUCCUCUCGGCCGACAUGGCGCACGCGGUGCACCCCAACUACGCGGCCAAGUACGAGCGCAACCACGGGCCGGCGCUCAACGGCGGGCCCGUCAUCAAGAUCAACGCGAACCAGCGGUACGCCACCAACUCGCCCGGCAUCGUGCUGCUGCAGGAGGUCGCCCGCGCCGCCCGCGUGCCGCUGCAGCUCUUCGUCGUCAGGAACGACUCGCCCUGCGGCAGCACCAUCGGCCCCAUCCUCUCCGCCAAGCUCGGCGUCCGCACCCUCGACCUCGGCAACCCCCAGCUGGCCAUGCACAGCAUCCGCGAGACCGGCGGCAGCCGCGACGUCGAGUACGCCGUCCGCCUGUUUGACGGGUUUCUGAGCAGGUUUUGUGAGCUCGAGGGGAGGAUUUUGGUGGAUUGAUUAGGGGUCGGCG